UACCAAGUGCUCGGUGUAAACUAGAGUACAGUCGCCGGUUGCUACUGUGCCAGCCGUUGUAGUAUUCGUAGCAGUUUGCGGUUUUAAAAUACAUUAAAACGAGAAAGAAAGAGUAGCAAAAUGAACGAUAGAUAAUAUCAGUUGCGUGAUACAAAUUCGAAUUGUGUUAUCAUUGCGUUCUUCUGUUAAAUUAUUUUCCAUUACACGUGCAAUUUCAUCUCUCACGUAUGAUCCCGGGCGGUCACGAGAACAAAUGUGAGGUUUGGCGGUAUCAUAACCUCCUUAGGACGAGCGCCACGAGAACCUAGCAAAAACGGUUUUUCAAUGCGAACACUUUUAUCGAUGAUAUUUCGGUAGCUGGUCUGAGAGAUAUGAGGGAGUUAGAGGAAGUCAACUGCGAGAUUCGCAGGAUUGUAAAUCUUCAAUUUCCCGUGUCCAACUGGAUAAGGAAUUUAGAGCAUGGUUCGCCGUCUACGAAUCUCCAAGAGCACGACAAUAUUGGCGAAUGUCACGGGGGAUUUCUGUAUAAUGCAACGUAUGCGUGGUUGAGCUAUGAUUGCCACUUGAUAAUCUUCAAUGCAAAAGUAGGAGAGAGCAUUAGUAGUUGGACAUUUCGUGGUGUCGUUACGUCCGUUUCUCAAUUUCCCGCGCAAUCUGGAGAAUUUCCAUUGCUGUUGGUUGGAAUAGAUAAUUGUGCGAGCAAACUGAAAGAUUCUUUUGGUUUAUUAUGUAUAUUUGAUUGUGCUACGUCCCGUGUCUUAAGAGCUAUUCGUUUACCAUGUGGGAUUGAACAAGUAUGCGUUGUGGCGGGUGGUGCAGAAUGGGAGGAGUUCAAUGAUAAGAGACCUGAUAACAUACUAAGUGAAAUGGAUGGAAUGGCCUGUGUAGCUUUGCGUAAUCUUCAUCAUAUCAUGAUCGAUCUACGAAGAACUAUAUGGGACACCCACGAUUCAUUUAUCGUUCGAGAUGAAGCAUCACCUGCAGAGAUAGACUUUCCAUCAAUGAAACAAAUUUCUGAUAGAGAGAGAUAUCAAUCCAUUCGAGAAAAGCAUGCAGCUUACAAUUUGCUUGACAGCCGUAUUGAAAAACAUAUUGGCUUCAACAGAGAAGAUUUUGAAUCAUCUCCUUUGCUUGGCGAGAAUCUGACCACAGUGAUGAUUAGUUCUGUAAAAAUUGGCUGCUUAAUUUCUGGCUGUUUGGGCAGAGUAAUAAUUUGGCAAAAUGAUGGUUCCAUAGGAUGGAUUAGUACACCAAUAGAUGAGAACAUGACAGUUACGCAUCUAGCCUUGUUGGAACCUACGGAUGAUCCUCGACCUUUUUAUUACUUAUGGGUAGUGUUUCAGGAUGAAUUGUCAAAAGCACCACCAAUAUUGCGAAUGUACGCCAUGUUAUUCGAAAGGAAAUACUGUGAUAGAGAGAUAAACUUGUACUUCAAUUUGGAAGACGAUCCUAGUUUGAAGUUCGAAACCGAGCUGAACGAAGGAGACAAGAUUGUCGAUUUGCGCACUGUUGAGAGAGAGUCCAAUCCGGAACAGACCGAAUUGGUUGGUAGAAGAGGCGAUGAUAACUUAUUACUUAUUGCCACCAACGAUCGAGUGUAUCUGUUUGAUCUGAAUCAGUGGUAUAAAGAACAAAUGCCACAUACCAUUGGUGAGUGCCAGAAUCCAAACAGCAUAUUGGCAACGUAUCGUACGCGAUCAGAUGCGCAAAAUGGGGAAGGAGACGAUCGAGUCAUAAGUUUUGCAUAUAUUCCACACAGUUUGCAAGAGUUCUCCAGUAAUGGUCCGAGUCCACCUGAGGAACUGUUCUAUCCCAAUUCCUUGUCACUCGAAUGGAUGGAGUUGAGCUCGACGAAACUGACGUUCUGGAUGACACGUGGCAUUCAGACUGAUUUGUUACGCGAAAUAGCUACGGUGGGUCCAGCCAUACUGAUACAACCGUUUGAGACGUUUCACAAAUGUCUCUCCGUCGGAUUGGUGCCGUUCAAUUCAGAAUUCUCGUUUUCGAGCGAUCAGAACGCACAACGAGAAAUGUUGCUGUCACUUUGCUUGGAACAGCGCUGGUCCACUUUUCUCAUAAAAUGUGCUAUAGAAUGGUCAGACGGUAGUGCCUCUUAUUUGUAUCCUACUUUUCUUAAAUGGGGUAUCCAGAGAGCUUCUACAAUAAAACUGAUUGCGGAUCGACUCUGCAUUCCUCUGUUUGAUCAGUCAGGUAGCAGCAUUGGCGAAGCUGACGUGAAAACCUUGCGAUUUUGUUCGCAACAAUUAGAAUGUUUGUCAAACGUAGUGGGUAAAUUGCCAUGCACGGCGAUGGACUUGACGAAGCAACGACGGACGUUGAGACGCGUGUCCACGUAUUUUCAAGUACUCCUUUGGUUCUACGACGUGGGACUGUUGCCUGAGUCGCAAGAUUUAGAGGAGGAGGAAGAAGAGGAAGGGGAAGAGAUGGAGGAAACUGUAGCGAAAGAAGCGGAAGUGAGGCAAGAGCAACAACGAAGAAAAGAAAAGAAUACACUACCCAUCUCGUUAGCGCUAAGAGUGCCUUAUCCCUAUGAAAAGCUUUCGCGGCUUUACAGAGAGAAACGAGCACAAUUGUUACAGAAGAAAAAUAGCGACAAUGACGAAAAGGAGGAUUUAUUUAUUGACGAGCUGAUAAUGCGCGAGUGUUCGAUAUUGAAAGCACAGUGGGAAAGAGAGGGUAGCGUCGCCACGUAUGGCUACUAUCCACCGCCAUCGUUGCAAUCUCUACUGCGAUCUUACUUAACUGACUGUCAUCAGACGGAAGCGAAUGAAAUCAAUUGCAGACAUCAGAUCACAAUUUAUCUCCUAAUGGAUCUGACUAUGCUGUUGCAACGGCUGUAUCCCGCAGUGAAACAGCUGAUUAAAUAUCCGUCCGCAUUUAUGAUGAGCCCUAGUCUCAUUAAGCUCACUCAGGCAUUCUGGUUGCUCGAUCACGAAAAUUAUCAAGAAUUCCUCGACACAGUGACCGGACAGUUAGUCUGCGAUUCCGACAUUAAGGAUUGGCAUCACAGACUUAUAUUGCGUACUUUGGUGCGUAAUAACCAACACAAAUUAGCGCUCAUAUAUCUUCGUGUGAGGAAACCUCCCCUGUUCUCCAUGGAGGAACAAGGUAUAGCUAUGAGCCUCUCGGUGGAACAUGGUUUAGUACAGUCAGCUUUCCAUCGUCGGCCACCCUGUCACUACGAACAACUGCUGACUAGCUUCUUCAGGGCGUGUAAGAAAUACGACAAGCUCGAUGAAAUUCUGCAUUUAGUCUUGGACUCGGAAGAGGAGGAAGUAUUUGUUAAGUUUCUCGAAGAGAACAGGAUGGAAGACUUGCGUCUGUUGUACUAUUUACAACGAUGCCGUUACACGGAGGUAAUUGGCGGCUAUCCUAAUGUCCAACAGUAUCAGUCCAACUUGGCCAGAGACGUGCAAUCCACGUCGUUCAAUAUGCUUGGCGCGUAUGACACGACCUUGCCUGAUGUUACGAAACGAUUCUCCACAAAUGUGGCCACGACAAAUUCGGACGCGGAUUUAAAGAUACGUUAUUCCAGACCAAUGUCGCAUUGCAAGAGCCACGAUAGACUGCGCAGUAUAUAUGAAACGGUCAUCACCAAAGCCAGAGAAACCUAUCAACGAGGAGACAAGUGUCAGAUCCCGUUUGUUAGUGCGCCUUGCACAUCGUUAAGACUCAACAAUUGCAGUGUAAAUGUCAACUGUGUAUCGUUCCCGGCGCUGAUGCGUAAGAGUCGCGGCAAACGCACCGUUGAUCAGAUCUAUGAAGAAAAUGAGGAAGAUGCGGAUGAUAUAAUGUCGGACGGCGUAAAACGCCAGAAAUUAUUGGAAGGCAACGUCGUGUCGCCGAGUAGACAAAUUUCUAGAGAAUCUGAAUUGAUGGAGACGUUUGAGACACCUCUGGUAAAGCGUAAGUCCAUUUUUAUGAACAGCAAGGAUUUAGAGACGCCACAAUCAAUUUUGAAGAUUAAAGGACGACUUGUAGGAAGCUUGACUGAGUCUCCUAUCGCGACGGUUCAAACAAAGGAGACUGACGAUAGAUCUGAAAAGGAGAGGAAAGUUAAUAGACAGAUACGAUUUAACAUUAGUCAAUCUAAGAAAGCUUUAGUGUAUGAGGAAGAAGAGCAAAAGAAACAAAAGGAGGAGAAGGAGACGGAGACGGACGAGGAGGAGGAGGAAGACGAAAAGAAAGAGGAAGAGCAAAAGCAAAAGCAGGAACAGGAAGAGGAGAAGGCGGAACAAAACGAUAACGAGAUCGAUAUUCCACCGAAUUCAAAUGAAGCAAGUAACAAUGCAUUCUUCAGUCCAAACGCGAACAGCAAAUUAGCAUAUUGUGAAAGCGCGGUUUUGAGUGACAAUAGCGUUACUUCCAAUAAGAUUUAUUGCUACGCUCGUCCGCGACCUAGUCUCAGAAGAAGUGCCUUACAAUCGUCCGUACAAAUGUCAGAGAAGGAAUUUUGCGCGAGGAAAACAAGUAGUUUCUCUGCAACUUCGUCAACUUCCGAAGGGAUGAAUAAACAAUCAUUUAUCUCAGGUACACCGAAAAGACGUAGCUCGUUAUUGUCGACUUCCAUCUACUCGACUACCAUAUUGUCUUCUGACAGCAGCGUCGACAUUAGCUAUCCGAGAUCAGGACGCACCAGUCCGUCGCAAUGGAAAUUGUCCAUGGAAAGAGAUGGUAACGAUAGACUUGCUAUUUCGUCUACUCCGUUAACGAAGAUUAUAAUUCCUCAAAUGUCUAUUAAUGAAAAACGAACAAUGGAGGUAGACGAUUUGAAUACCGUGUAUAAAAUAGAGGAAGAUCUUAACGUGCUAAACGAGUCUAAGAUAUCUACUGUGCCUGUUGAACGGUCUGGCUGUAGCGAUAAAAGCGAUCACGCGAAACAAGAAGCUAAUUUAGAGACCGAGAGUCAUCGCGCGCGACAGAACAAAUACAAUAACGGAAGAAUUGCGAGAGAAGCUAAUUCGAAUUUACGAGAGUACGAAAUGCCCGUAUUAUUUUCUGAAUCUGAAAAAGUCGCGGAAUCAGGGCCUACUGUUUCGCAUGAGGUUGACGAAGAAAUAAUUCGAGAUGUUUGUGAGGACAAUAAUAGCGACGAGUACGAGACAUUUGAGAGUCUACCCUGCGAUAUGCAGAUGCAAUUAGACAGUCAAGUUCCUGCUUCUAAUUUGUUUCUCGAGACUUGGAGUUUUGAAUACGGAACGGAAGGCCGCAGCACAACGAAACCCAACGGCUUGCGAAACUCAAUGCGAGCAAUAGAUGACGUUGAUUUGACCGACGAUGAAUCAGUAAAUAGUAGAGCUACGACACCGGCAGUACCUGACGCAGAUAAUAACAAAGUCAAGACCCAUUCGAUGCCAAUUGUUCAUUCGGAACAUACAUUGUUCUAUGGCGACAUGCCGAAUAUUACGGACGAUGAAUCCGAUUCCAGUAUUAGAGAAACUGAAGAGCCAAAAGCGAAAAACGGAUACUCCAAUUUACAAAAACACUGCAUCACGCAAAGUGUUCAAGUGGAGAAAAAUGGUGAGAAAAAUCGGGUUGACAAGUUAGGUAGGAAACAGAGCGUUUCAAAGAAAAGUCUCGCUAAGACUCUACCGCGGUCUGACGUUGCCGAUGACAAGGCGUCAAACAAAAUUUGCUAUGUAAAACUGUAUAAAAUAGACGACAGUAAAAUCGAGGAGACCGUAUCCAAGGAGACGUCCGAAAGGAAGCUGUCUGGUGUUCAGUGUUUCUCUGAAGAGAAAAGUGAGAGGAAUCGAGUUGAGACCACGGAUAUUUCAUCCGUACGUAUGACUAGGUCACGUACAGCGAGUUCAACAGGAAAUAAUAUAGCAGAUACUUGGGUGCGGCAAGCAGAACUGGGGAAAAUCACUCGUUCACAAAGAGCGAGCUCGAUGACGAAGGACUCUCUGUCGCAGGACACGGGAGGUGCGUCUUCCCCGCAUGACUGGUUACAAAGCGUGGAUUUGACAACGAGAGAUUCACCGUCACUGUCGACGUCAGGUGUAGAUGCUGAGAAAGCUUUGCCUCCGCAAUCGCGAGAGUUUGAAAAACUGUCGCGUUCGAGAAGAGCGAGUUCGGCAUCGAAAGAGAUGAGAAUGGAUUCUCCGCUGAAAAAAUUACGUGGUCGAAGAGCGAGUUCUCUCGUCAAGGAUGUGCUAAUGGGCUCGAUGCCGAGAGACGAGAAUCUUGAGUGGCAAUUAGGAACUGAUUCCGACGUGCAACAGUUGGUGAGAAGAGGUCGCAGAUGUACAUCUGUGACGAAGGAGAUGCUACAAGUCGAGACGAAAGACAGCGACUCCGAGAGCGUCAAAGACCAACUGAUGAGAAGAAGCACGAGACUCGCUUCUUUCGCGAGAAAAGAAUUAGAGACAGACUCGGCGUCUGUGAAAGCUGAGGGGAAUUUCGCUGAGAGGAGGUCAGAAAGCGCGACGUCGCUCGCGAGAUUGACGAGCGAUGAUGAGGAAGUUGAGAACAAGAGAUUUUUGCGGCGUGCGAGAAAGUCUUCGGUGUCGUCUGAUACGACGGAUGUAACGGCAAACAGAUCGUUGAGAUUAUCCACGAGGGAUUUGGAUAAGGAGGGACGUUCAAAACAGUCAGUUAUUAAGAUGACUCGAAAACGCGGUAAUUCGGUACCUAAGGAGAUGAUGACGCAAUCCGUAAUAGGAAGAGAAGGAGGAUCACAGCAACGUAGAUCCAGUAGUGUUGUGAAGGAGAUCAUCUCUGAGGUCGCCGAGGAGGAGUCUCCGGAAGAAGAUGCGAGGACCGAAUCUUCCGGGAGACGUGUGAAAGCGACUGUCGGUAGACUAACGACAAGUGCGCGCGUUCGAAGCACAUCUGUACUGUCCAUACCAGAAGAAUUGGAGGAGAUUUUAAGUUCACCAUUGAGAGAGACGAGAUCCACCAGAAAGAAGGCUGUGCAAAGUAACGUUAGAGAGAGAAGAGCGUCCAGCGUCGAUGUAAUACACGAUAUGACGGAGAUGAAAAGGAGAGUCAGAAAUGUUGACGCGAGUAUCGCGCCAGUUUCACCGAUAGCGGAAGAGCUUGUAGAAAGUGAGGAUAGAGUAAAACUUGAAAGAGAUGAAAAGCCGGAUGGCGAAACCGUGCAGUCAGUUGUACAGACUUCUAAAAAAAGGGCGAUGUCACUCGCGAUAAUCGAGGAAACGAAAAAGAACACUGUGACGAAGCCGAGACGAGGUAGAUCAGCGCGCAAGAUCAGCGUGAGUCAAGAGACCAGUAAUUUAUUUUCCUCGCUACCAGAAAAGCGGAAACGAGGUAGACCGCGCAAGACCAGCGUGAGUCAAGAGUCUAGCAAUUUAUUUUCCUUCUCGCUGCCGGAAAAAACGGACGACGUGCCAUUGAAUGAGAAAGACAUUGGAGAAGUCCCGAAGUAUGUAUUUUCACCGCCUCAAACCAGAUCUAAAAACAUCUCUCUGAAUCAACAUCGUAGAAAAAUAAGCUCGUUUAUACCGAGUUCUUAUCAGGAAGGACAACAACAGCCUAUUAAGAAGAAAUCUCAUGGCGUCAGUUCCAGUCAACGCGCUCGUUUAGUCAGAAAUACUUACGGAGCGCGAUUUCGAAAAAGAUUCGUUGUAUUUAAAAGAUUCAAAAAUACAACAGAUUAAAACUGAAAACUUCUCGACAGUUCUAGCGAAUCUGUCACGCACAUUUUGAUUUUAUAAAUCUUUCAAUACACUUGUAAAUUUAUCACACAUUUUUCUUUUCACAGCGACAUUUUAUUACUUGCGCUUCCGUCAAUUGAAAUGGUACGGUCGAGAAUUGCACAUUAUAAAGCAUUAAUUUUGAGCACUUACAGGCGCGAAAUAAUGCGUGAAAUAAAGGAAGUACGAGGAAACGUUAUAUACGUAAAGAAUGUUGACCACUUUCAGCGGCUAUAUUCGGACAAAAAUAUAGUACAAAGUAACUCCUCUGGUAUGAUGAAUAACUACGAAUGCUGAUAUUCAUAGCUCAAAAGAUUGAAAGAUGGAACUGUAUUCUAGUUAGAAAAUGGAAAAAACAAUUGCUUGAUACUAGCAUUAUAGUGGAUAAACACAUAAAUAUUGUUUGCAUAGAUAAAACAACUUCAAUGAAAUCAAGAACUUAAUUUCUUUUGUAACUAAAUUUAUUUUGAUAGAAUGACGAUUAGCUAAAGUUUUUUUUUCUUUUCUGAUUAGAGUAUAUUUUAAGUUAUGGUCGAAGAUAAUCGACUAUGCUUAAAAUAUUAAUCUUUCUUUUUUUUCAAUAACGUAGUCCUUUGAAAAUUGUUUCUAUCAAAGAUCUGUAAAUCUGCAUAAUUGAAGUUACAUUCAAAUUACAUUAUCUGGUCAUGGUUGCAUAAAAAAAAAGAUGUUCCAUUCCAUAAAGAUACAUUGCAUUAUUUCUAGAUUAACGCAUGACACUGACCCAAAUGUAUGGAAAUAUGACUACAGUGAACGUCCUUAAAAAAUGUAUUCUAAUGAUAAACUAUGAAGAAAAUUAAUAACUUAAAAAUAUAUAAGUAUCAUAUACAUUUAUGCGGGCACUCCUUGUUUUAUUAUUACUAUAAUAUAAAUAUUCAUUUCGUACAUUUUUUAAAGACAUCUAUUGUCAAUAGUCAGUUUUUUUUUAAGUUAUUUCUAGAUUUUUCAUUUUCUAAUACAGAAUUCUUUGCUACAUACUUUGCAUUUAAUAUAGUACAGCCUUCAAUAAUAUUUUCGGCAAAAAGACGAUGUAUCAUAUCUUUGUAAAUAAUUUAUUAACGUACUCAUGUAUAGUUGUAUUGAUACAAUAAAUGUAAAAGAAAGAUAAUAUAUAAUAGUACAUCAAAUG